ACGUAAUACAGUGCGAAAUGGUGUCCGUAAAGUUGCUUUUGACGGCAUCAAUUCUUAUCAGCUCUUUGCUCUCCGCAAAUACACAAAUGUUGGACUAUAUUUAUCCUGGAUUCAUCACCAUGUACUACAGUCAGGUGCCCACAAAGGAGGGCUAUCGAUUCAAGCAGGAGGARCCGAAUGGCAGUGUACGUGAGGAGAUUGGUGUUAUUAUGAAUUCCGGCACUGCGGAUGAGGAAUUGGUGAUAAUGGGUAUGUACACCGCCUACGACGAGCAGAGCGAUACUGAGACAAUGACGCUAUAUACAGCCGAYAAAAAUGGUUAUAAAACGCGUUUUAAGGUGGUGAAGCGUGGAUUGAGUGCCAAGCUCUUGAUGUCUUUGGCCAAGGGCAGUAAAUAGUGAAAAAUUAUAUGAGUGUUGUUUCCACAUUCAAUCAAUAAAUUUAUGUGCAAAUCUCUACAAUUGAAAAUUAAAUAAUUAAGAGAAAUCUAUACUAACUACAAAUUAA